CCUCGGAGGUGGGGCUCCGCGCGCAGGGCUCCGAGGCUGAGAGCCGAGCCCCCGCCUCGCCGCCGCAGCCCUGGAGUCCUCGCGCGCCUGCAGCCGGGAGCCGGCCGAACCCCCGCCCGCCGACCCCCACCAGUGCUUUGCUGCACUCCCAGGAAAAUGAGGAACCAGAGGUCUCCUGACAACUUGGAGAGAAAGCACACUUCUCUUCAAAGGAAUUAAAACCAUACCCACAUCAUUCUCCAUCCCGUGUCCAAGAAAACCCUCUUCUGCAAAAGUAAUGGCUUGUUCUGAGGAGCAAGGUGGUGUCCCCUGUGGCUUCAUCCGCCAGAAUUCUGGCAACUCCACGUCUUUGGACUUUGAGCCAGACGCAGAGUACCAGUUUGUGGAGCAGCUGGAAGAGCGCUACAGAUGUGCCUUCUGCCGCUCAGUGCUUCACAACCCCCACCAGACGGGCUGUGGGCACCGCUUCUGCCAGCACUGCAUCCUGUCCCUGAGAGAAUUAAACGCAGUCCCACUCUGCCCUGUAGAUAAGGAGGUGAUCAAAUCUCAGGAGGUGUUUAAAGACAAUUGCUGCAAAAGAGAAGUCCUCAAUUUAUAUGUAUUUUGCAAAAAUGCUCCUGGAUGUAAUGCCAAGGUUAUUCUGGGACGAUACCAGGACCACCUUCAGCACUGCUUAUUCCAAGCUGUGCAGUGCUCUAAUGAGAGCUGUCGGGAGCCAGUCCUUCGCAAAGAUCUGAAAGAGCAUUUGAGUGCAGACUGUCCGUUUCGAGAGGAAAAAUGCCUUUAUUGCAAAAAGGAUGUGGUAGUCAUCCAUCUACAGAAUCAUGAGGAAAACUUGUGUCCUGAGUACCCAGUAUCUUGUCCCAACAAGUGUUUGCAGAUUAUUCCAAGAACUGAGGUGGAUGAACACCUUGCUGUGUGUCCUGAAGCUGAACAAGACUGUCCUUUCAAGAACUAUGGCUGUACUGUAAAGGAUAAACGAGGAAACCUGCAGGAGCAUGAGCAUUCAGCCUUACGGGACCACAUGCUUCUGGUUUUAGAAAAGAACUUCCAGUUAGAAGAACAGAUUUCUGACUUAUAUAAGAGCCUAGAACAAAAAGAAAGUAAAAUCCAGCAGCUAGCAGAAACCGUAAAGAAAUUCGAAAAGGAGUUCAAGCAGUUUGCACAGUUGUUUGGCAAAAAUGGAACUUUCCUCUCAAAUAUACAGGUUCUUGCCAGUCACAUUGACAAGUCCGCUUGGCUAGAAGUUCAGGUGCGUCAGUUAUUACAAAUGGCUAACCAGCAACAAAGUAAAUUUGAUCUGAGGCCUUUGGUGGAAGCGAUUGAUACAGUGAAACAGAAAAUCACCCUUCUAGAAACCCAUGAUCAAAGAUUAGUUGUUUUGGAAGGGGAGACUAACAAACAUGAUGCCCACAUUAAUAUUCAUAAAGCACAGCUGAAUAAAAACGAAGAGCGAUUUAAGCUGCUAGAAAGUGCCUGCUAUAAUGGAAAGCUCAUCUGGAAGGUCACAGACUACAAGCUGAAGAAGAAGGAGGCGCUGGACGGACACACAGUAUCCAUCUUCAGCCAGCCCUUCUACACCAGCCGGUGUGGCUACAGGCUCUGCGCUAGAGCGUACCUGAAUGGGGACGGGUCCGGGAAGGGGACGCACCUGUCGUUGUACUUUGUGGUGAUGCGAGGGGAGUUUGACUCACUGUUGCAGUGGCCAUUCAGGCAGAGGGUGACCCUGAUGCUUUUGGACCAAAGUGGCAAAAAGAACCACAUUAUGGAGACCUUCAAGGCUGACCCCAAUAGCAGCAGCUUUAAAAGACCCGAUGGGGAGAUGAACAUUGCCUCUGGCUGUCCACGCUUCGUGGCUCAUUCCACUUUGGAGAAUGCCAAGAACACCUACAUUAAAGAUGACACCCUGUUCUUGAAAGUGGCUGUGGAUUUAACUGACCUGGAGGAUCUCUAAUCACUGCUUCUGGGGUGAUAAAAGGACUCCUUGAAUCCAGAACCUUUGGUUAAUGUAGUGACUGAAUGUAGGCUUGACACACACUUGUAUUUGGUUCUUUGCCCUUAAUGUUUGAAGUCAUUUUGAGAUUUCUCAAGUGCUGUCUUCUUUUUACAUUUUAUUCUGUCCCAGUUUGAAACUGACAAUACUUAGAAUAUCUUCUCAGUAUUUAUAUUUUUAUAUCUCUUGAAAGAUGUUAAUUUUCUUAAAGGUAAGGUCUGGGGCAUACCUCUUUUACUGGUGCUUAGUGUGGGGUCUCAGGGUGGGCCGUCUAUAAUAUUAAAUGUCACUGAGGACACAGAAGUAGAAUUUCCAGUUGAAAAUGCUUUGGUUGUUUUGUUUUGGUUUUUUUUUGUGGUACGUGGGCCUCUCACUGCUGUGGCCUCUCCCGUUGCGGAGCACAGGCUCCGAACGCGCAGGCUCAGCGGCCAUGGCUCACGGGCCCAGCCGCUCUGUGGCAUGUGAGAUCUUCCCGGACCAGGGCACGAACCCGUGUCCCCUGCAUCGGCAGGCAGACUCUCAACCACUGUGCCACCAGGGAAGCCCAUGCUUUGGUAUUUUAUAUUUGACCUUUAGAUUCUAGACCUGACCGUAAGCCUGCAAAAUCUUUUAGGGUAGGCUGUUCCAGUUAGGUAGAUGGGUAAUGUACUUCAAUCUGCCCAGUUUGGACCAGACGUUUUCUGGUUAUAUACUGUAUUUGUGGAAAUUACUACACCUUUAAUAUUUUCAUGAAGUUUACCUGUAGUCAGCAAGCACAGUUUUGCAAGGAUGCAUAAGAAGUGGUGAAUAGAGUAAGCAUUUUCAUUCUCCCUGUUGAAGUGAAGCAGAAAGCACGGCAUAGUUUAUACAUAAGAAGAUACAGCCAUCCAGCUAAAGUUCAGAUUUUAUUAGGUUCAAGCACGUGAAAAAAACGUUUUCAAACAAAAUGAUCAAAUAUUAUCAGUUUCUGCACUGCUGGUGGGAAUGUGAAUUGGUACAGCCACUAUGGAGAACAGUAUGGAGGUUCCUUAAAAAACUACAAAUAGAACUACCAUAUGACCCAGCAAUCCCACUACUAGGCAUAUACCCUGAGAAAACCAUAAUUCAAAAAGAGACAUGUACCAAAAUGUUCAUUGCAGCUCUAUUCACAAUAGCCCGGAGCUGGAAACAACCUAAGUGUCCACCAUCGGAUGAAUGGAUAAAGAAGAUGUGGCACAUAUAUACAAUGGAAUAUUACUCAGCCAUAAAAAGAAACGAAACUGAGCUAUUUGUAAUGAGGUGGAUAGACCUAGAGUCUGUCAUACAGAGUGAAGUAAGUCAGAAAGAGAAAGACAAAUACCGUAUGCUAACACAUAUAUAUGGAAUUAAAAAAAAAAUGUCAUGAAGAACCUAGGGGUAAAACGGGAAUAAAGACACAGACCUACUUGAGAAUGGACUUGAGGA